UUUGUAUUGCGGGGCGGAUCCUGUCUGCGGUUGCCCUCAUUUCCGAAUUUGCAGUCAAGGUACAAGAUGGCGUCGGGCAAUGCUACCGUGAAGGCCGUCCUUAGCGGCGACACCGUCGUCCUCAUGGGCAACGCCACCAACGGCCCUCCGCCGGAGCUCAUGCUCACGCUGGCCUCGCUCCAGGCGCCCAAGCUCGCCCGCACGGCCGAGCAGCACGACGAGCCGUACGCGUUCGCCUCGCGUGAGUACCUGCGCAACCUCCUCAUUGGCAAGGUCGUGCGCUUCAAGGUCGAGUACAAGGUCUCGGUCAUUAACCGCGACUUUGGCUCGAUCUACCUCGACGGCGAAAACGUGUGCGUCCUCGUUGCCAAGGCUGGCUUUGCCAAGGUCAAGACGCUCGAGCAAAGCCGCGAUGGGUGCUCGCCCGACUUGGAAGAGAUGCUGCGCGUUGAACAGCUCGCGAUGACGGAGAAGAAGGGCAUGUACGCCGAAGACAACAAUGCGACGCGCCACGUGACGUGGGGCGGCGCGACCGGCGAAGAACUCUUGGGUCGCUUCAAGGGCCAGCAGAUCCCCGCGAUCGUCGAAAUGGUCCGCGACGGUGCGGCCAUGCGUGUCAUUCUCUUGUCGACGAUGCAGAUCAUCAACUUUGCGCUCUCGGGCGUCCAGUGCCCGCGCAUCAACCCGCCGGUUGGCGCCGAAGCCACGGGCCCCGCGCCGUUUGCGCGCGAAGCCAAGCUCUUUACCGAGAUGCGCUUGCUGCACCGCAAGGUCAACGUCAAGCUCGAGGGCGUCGACAAGUUUGGUAACUGCUUUGGCAGCGUCGUGCACCCGUCGGGCCACAACAUUAGCGUCGAGCUCCUCAAGAACGGUCUCGGCAAGAUGAGCGACUGGAGCUCCGAGUUUCUCAGCGUCGCGACGCGUACCGAGAUGCGCAACGCCGAGAAGACGGCCAAGCUUCUCAAGCUGCGCGUGUGGGUCGACUACGUCCCGCCGGUGCUCACGGCGACCGACACGUCGCUGACGGCGAUCGUCGUCGAGGUCGUGAGCGGCGACUGCAUCGUCGUCGCGCACAAGAACAAGAACUUUGAGGAGCAGCGCAUCUACCUCUCGUCGCUGCGUGCCCCCCGCAUGGGCAACGCGCGCCGCAACGAACCGAACGCGCCGUACGCGGUCGACUCGAAGGAAGGCCUUCGCGCCAAGUGCAUUGGCAAAUCCGUCUCGAUUGAGAUCGAGUACGAGCGCAACAACCCGAACUUGGCCGACAACAACGUCAUGACGUUCGCCAGCGUCUUCCUCGAAGCGACGCCCGCCAAGAAGAAGGGGGCCGAGCCCAAGCCCCGCACGAACCUCGGCGAGUCGCUCAUUUUCGACGGCCUCGCCGAAGCCGUGCGUCACCGCCAAGGCGAGGAAAAGUCGGCCCACUACGACCUUCUUGUCGCGGCCGAGGCGACGGCCAAGGCUGCGAAACGCGGCCUCCACUCGGGCAAGCCGUCGCCCGAAGCGCGCAUCACGGACCUCUGCUUUGACGCGCACAAGGCCAAGCAGUACCUCCCGUUCCUCCAGCGCGAAAAGACAAUGCGUGCGGUCGUCGAAGCUGUUUACGCUGGCAACCGCUUCAAGGUCUACGUCCCCAAGGAGAACUGCACCGUCAACUUUAUCGUCGCCGGCAUCAAGUGCCCGCAGCCGGCCAAGCCGACCAAGGACGCCGAGCCGUACGGCGAGGACGCGCGCCGCCUCGCGCGCCGGAGCGUCAUGCAGCGCAACGUGCUCAUCGAAGUCGAGGACAUGGACCGCAUGGGCAACGCGUUUGGCCCGAUGUUUGUCGGCACGAAGGACACGAAGAACGACUUUGGCGUCGCGCUGCUCUCGAGCGGCUAUGCGCGCAUUGACGACUUUUCGAUUGACCGGACCGCGUCGAGCGCCGACCUCCAGAAGGCCCAAGAGACGGCCAAGGCCGCGCGCUUGCAUCUCUGGAAGAACUUUAUCGAGCAAGAAGAGGCGGUGGCCAAGACAGCGGUGCGCCGGACGGCCGACGAGGUCCUCCCGGUCGUGCGGCUCUCGGAGAUUACGAACGCGACGACGUUCUUUCUCCAAAACAUUGGCGACCGGACGCUCGCGACGCUCGAGCAAAAGAUGAAGAUGUUUACGGACGCGGUCGGCCUCGACGGCAAGACGUUUGAGAUGAAGAAGGGCGUGCUCUGCGCCGCCCUCUUUGACGACGGCAACGGCCCCAUGUGGAACCGCGCGCGCAUCGAGGCGCUCACGGUGCGCGGCGUCCAGGUCCGCUUUGUCGACCACGGCAACACGGAGUUUGUGCCGACGACGCGCCUUCGCCCGCUCGACCCAGCGCUCUCGCAGUACCCGCCGCAGGCCAAGGAGUGCGUGCUCGGCUUUCUCAAGCCGUUUGGCGAUGGCGCCGAGUACGCCGAGGACGCGGCCCAUGUGUUUAACGACACGGCGUGGGGCAAGACGCUGACGGCGAUUCUGCACGGCUAUGACGGCAACGGCCGGCAGAUGGUGACGCUCCAGCUCCAGGACAAGAGCGUGGCCGAGAUCCUUCUGGAGCAAGGCAUUGCCAAGGUCGACCGCGCUGCCAUCAAGCGCGCCGAGCCGUACCAAAAGGCCAUUGUCGACAAGCUGCUGGCGGCCCUUGACCACGCCAAGCGCCGCCGUCUCUGCCUCUGGCACUACGGUGACGCCGAGUCGGACUUGGACGACUAAGUGUUAUAGUAUAUAGUUGUGCUAUUAACGAGAUACAAGUAGACUAGUCCCCUAAUCGUUCUCACGUCUUUCAUAGUUGUAGCUUGGUUGAGGAAUGUGAAAUAGAGCAUUUGGAGAUUCC